AAUGUCACUUCGUGAAAGUCAGUUUGCUGGUGACCGACGCUAGCCGGUAUGGUUGCAAUUUGUGAUACUAAAGUUUUGUUUCUAAUCCAUUAGUUAUCUCAAACUUCAGAAAUAUUACAAAAGAUACUUGUGCAACAGUAACCGUUUGAACGCGAACAUGUUUUGUGAUGUUUUAUGUAAAAUAGAAGAAUUGCAAGCAAAGGAACUGUUUACGAUCGAGUGUUAUGUGUUUAGAAAAUAUAUGUGUUCAGAAAUGUUACGUUGAAUACCGUAGCAAAAACAAUGACCGAAACCAGUGGCAGAGCUGUGGAUGUAUUUGGUUACAUUUUCGAAUGAAAUAAAUUCCUGGCUACUUGAUGUUCAACAUGAUUCCAUUAACCCUGCACAUCGAUGUGCGGUUCAGAGAGCGAGAGAAAAGUAAAGAAAAUCCUCAAAAUCUAAGCAGGCAGGACUUCAGAGUAUUGUGAGGCACAUGCAGUAGGUUGAUGCCGUUGACUAGCAACUUUAGUCGUCUAGCCCUAUCGUCGUGGAUUAGUUCGUCCGAAAGGUACCACGCGGCAUGGCGUUCAAAAGUAUCAUUUUUCGUUGCGAUUAGUAAAAAAAAUUACUGUGUAUACAUUAUUACGCCACAUUUGCAGCAAGUCAUUGUAUUGCUGUUGGCCGGUUUGGGUGAACGGCGCUUGUAAAUGGCGAAUGGUGUUCCCAGUGAAACUCGGAAGAAAAUUAAUUUCCCUAAUUAAAAGCCGAUCGGUUUCCACGGUGUAUACACCCGUACCCGCACCCGUGCCUGGAGUAGUCAUCGGAACUUGUGAGCUAUAAAUGUUCGGUGAACAGUUACCGGUCGUAUUUUACUUAGCCUCACCAUAAGCCAAGAAAUGGAAACAAAACAAAGAAGCAUGCGUAUAUUAUGUGGGUAGUUUUCCCAAUUUUGCGGUUGUUACCUAUCGAUUCCGGCACAGGUCCUUCAGGAUCUACGAUCCUGUUUCAGGCUGCUCGAGUUACGUUGAUUAAUUACCCAUAAGGUUAUCCCUGCUAGUAGUGAUUGCGACUUUUUUUUUCGUUUAUUUAUCGUGUUUUGUGAGCAAAUCGAUCAUCUGUGUCGUGCGAACAUAGUUUGUUGAAUUUAUUCACAAGUUUACUACUACUUUUUCUACAAUAGUGGUGUGUUAGUAUUUGGCCGCACGGUUCAGUUUAUGGUGUAUAAAAAGUAUGUUAGUGUAUGCAACGUGAUUGUUUACGGUAGUUUGUAAGCUAGUAUGGCCUCGGAAAAAUCGUCAGUAUGGAGUAUAUAAAGAUUCCCAUAAUCACGAUGAUUUCUACUACAAUGAUGAACGCCGCACGUGGGGUGGAGGACAAAGUUAAUUUACGCUCGUACAUUUGCCUUAGUUCAAGAUGGCUAAGCCACCGACAGAUGACGCACUAUUUGUCAUUUCGCUAGAUAUUGCGAACAUUGAUGUUAGUAAGGAUAUCGCAUUGGUCAACUCCGUAGAUACCGUCGUGUCCUUUCCUUCUUCCCUCUGCUACCGUCCGUACAGCGAUGACAUCUACAACUAUCGCAGCCGUUGUUGCACCGUCAGCGCCAACGCUGGUGGCACCCACGACCACAGUACCGUGUCGUUCGUCCGUUCCUGUGGUUACAAUUCGCAGUGUUGAUCUACCGAAUCCUGGUGACGGUAUAGGCGGUACCAGUGGGGGUCGUUUGAUACGCAGGAAGGAGUUUCUAUCUGAGACAAACCGUACCACAUCGCUGAAAACACUGUCGUGCGAUUUAAGUGAGAUACUGGUGAAAAAUUUAAGCCUGAGACGCAGUGAAACAUCCGAACGUCGGUCGCACGCGGACACACUCGACGAACUGUCGGCAACGUCAUCUGAUUCGGUGCAGCAGCACCCACAGUGCCGCAUCAUCACUGCAGGAAGUGGCACCGACUGUGUUGGUAGUAGUGGCUCCAGUGGAAGCGUGGUUGAUAGUAGCGAUCGUGCGCAAGGCACCUUGUGCGAUACGUUCACAUCGGUGAACAAGCUCAUUCGGUUGAAGCGCGUUUCGAGUGAUGGUAACAAUCUGAACCGGUUGUCAGCGGUAGUCACCACGAACGUCGGCGGUGGUGCGAACUAUACCAAAAUCGUAGAUCAAUCUGUUCCGGGCAAACCGCCGCUCGGGUCUUUAAGGCGGGUGGAAAUAAGUGUAUGCGAAAGAACGCCCAGUCCAAAGCCAAUUGGCAACAGUGCUAGUGUGUCGAAUCGGCCCGCAGUGUCUGGUGAAUCCGAGUCCGAAAGUUGUGAAGAAGAAAGUGGCAACGAAUUGUCGCAAGGGGUAGUGCGUAAAAGUGUCAUAGUAAACCAGCUCGACCAGGUGGACGAGCGUUGUCCGCUACUGGUUGUUGAUGAAGAUGGCCGUACACCGACCAUAGCACUUCAGAAGAAGAAAUCAACGUUAGUAUUUACAAGGAAGAAAGUGCCGGAAAGUAGUACUACGCCAGCGGUGAUCGCUCGUAGAUCAAGUGAUCGCGAUUUAACGUCGGAUGCUACGGGCUCGUCGUGCGGUACAUCCAAAGUGCUUCUUCGCCGUCGUGUGCGAUUAAGUGGAGAUUGGUUGGGGAAAAGUGUAGAAAACAGUGAGAAGCGAGAGGUGAAAAGGCGCAGCUUACAGUGGCCCGUCGGAUUAUCGAGUGCUGCAGGUAGUGAUAGCAGGACGGCACACUUAACCGACGUGCUCGAGUGUGGACGGCGAAGUAGAGGAGAUACGCCCAACAAGUUUCGCCACUCGUGGAACGCACCGGGAUACGACAUUCUCGAGGAAGAUUCUGGUGUGGGAGGAAAGGGUGCUGAUUUGGGAAAGGAUUUUGCUUCCAUCAUUCACAACCUGGCUGGGCUAAGGAAUCAUCACCUUGCGAAUGGGACACAUGAGUCGGUGUCCCUGCUGGAGCAGCAUUCGCCUCAAAUUGUGCCGUCGAGGGCAACACGUCCUACCUCACUCGGGGGCUCCGGACAGGGGCUCCGGCGGGGUCCAACGAGCUGGAUCCAAUCGUCCCCGAUGGUGCCCACGAGUGGGGUAGGUACGGGUGUGGUCGGUGGAGUUGGCGGCGGUGGCAAUGGAGAAAGCAGCCCACACACCGGGGCACUGAGCAGUGGCCCGGCACCUCGCAGGCGGCGCAUUCAAAUAUUUCUCAAGAAUCUCGUCGGGCGGCGCCCAUCGAAGGAGGCACCGCCGGCAGCACCACCACCACCGUCGCCGCCAUUACUGAGCUCACCAGAGAUCAAAAUCAGCAAGAGCCCAUCCGAGCACAAUCUUGCGGAAAUAACGCGCAGCCGGUUAAACAUCUCGACCACCUCGCUAUCAUCCGUUCAUCAGAAGCUGUGGUCGGUGGUGCCACUGCUAAAGCGAGACGUUAGCUGCAACAGUCUAGCGUCUCCGAAAACAACGCCUCUACUGCUGGAUAGUCAGAUGGCGUCCUCUGGCGAAUGUACCGGCGGCCAUGGAUUGCUCACAAUCGGUGGUUUAAAGGAUGCCGGAGGUCCUGGUGGGCUGCGGAAGUGUGAAACCGUGCUGGCGCUUACAAACGCCACCUCCCAAACGUUGGAACCGAUACGGCCACUUAACCGGCUGCGUAACUGCGCCUCGGUAGCAACCUGUUCUCGUUGUUCUAGUCUUCUUUCGCUGGCCGCGGCCGGUUCGCGCUACUCGCUCAACGCCUCCAACGGUGCUUUCGUGCCCGUAUCCUCCGGGGGGUCGCACGAUGGCAACGAGCCGCCUGAUGUACCCAAGCCGAAAAAGGCAUCGAUCGAUGGCGGCUCGAAGCGGAAGUAUGUGGGCAAUCUGCUGCGGUUAACGACCACCAGCUGCUCCUCAUCCAGUUCGUCCUCGGCUGCGUCGUCACCGAGCUCAUCGGCAACACCGUCGUCAUCCUCGUCCGGAGCAUCGUCGCCGAGUCCAAACUCUGCAACCGGUAGUCCGGCCGGUGGUGCGUCCGUCUCGUCUAAAACCGUUAUGUUUGCCCCUAGUCCCACGCAGCUGGUACCGGUAUCGCCGAUCAACAGCAGCACCAGCAUCACGAUGACAACAACAAAGGCCUUAACGCCUACGAUUAAGUUCACCUGCAAACUGUGCCUUGGAGAGUUCAGUGCCGAGAACCUAACACGUAUCACGCAGUGUGCUUGUUCAUUCUGUACCGAGUGCAUGACGGCCUACAUCGAGUUUGAAAUAUCCGAGGGUGCAUAUGAAGUGUCCUGCCCGGAUGCCAUGUGUCCCGCCCAGGGCAUCAUAACGAUUGCAGAAAUAACGGAACUGGCGUCCUCGUCCCUGGUGGAAAAGCACCACCGUUAUCGACUGAAUAGAGAGGUAGAACUGGACCGAUUCCGAACCUGGUGCCCGAAAGCGGGUUGUGAAACAAUUUGUCUCGUCGGUGCAUCGGAACAGCAGGCAGCAGGCCAAGCAGGCACCAAUCAAACUGGUUCCACGGUCUGUACCGAUCGAAUCGUGCCACUAUCUCCAUCGUCCUCCAGCAUGCCGUCACCCUGUGCCGUACACUGUCCCACGUGCCGAGAGGAUUUCUGUUCUGGCUGUAAGAAAACGUGGCAUCCAACGAUGUCGUGCGAGGAGAAUUCGCGGCGGCUGGCGGUGGACGGGCAAACGGACGCUUUGGGCAUCCCGUUCGACAAUGAUCUCAUCAAAUGCUGCCCAAUGUGUACCGUCCCGAUUGAGAAGGACGAGGGCUGCGCGCAGAUGAUGUGCAAACGCUGCAAACACGUCUUCUGCUGGUACUGUCUCGCUAGUCUGGACGACGAUUUCCUUCUUCGCCACUACGACAAGGGACCGUGCAAGAACAAACUCGGCCAUUCGCGUGCAUCGGUCGUGUGGCACCGGGCACAGGUGAUUGGAAUAUUUGCCGGAUUCGGGAUACUGUUACUGGUGGCUUCACCGCUCCUUUUGCUGGCCGCUCCGUGUAUUGUGUGCUGCAAGUGUCGUAUCUGUAGCGGUGCGGCCAAACUGGAAGAGACCGAGGUAGACUAUGAUGAUGCGGCCGUCGCCCUGCACAGUAGCAGCGGGCUCCAGCGAUAAGUCCAGAUCCAGCGACAAGGAUAUUUACGAGUGUGGCAUACGUAGUACACACGUGUGGUUUCUUUGUUUUGCGCUUCCGAACCAGCAGCAGGUUCCAACCAAUACACACACACACACACACACAUAACAAUUAGCUUAGCGAAACGGAUUUGACGGACGUUUGCUUACGGGUUAACACAGGUACUGAGAGCCACACGUACUAGUUGAUCGUUUUAAUCCAGAUCAACCGGCUUGAAGGCCUGGACGGGUGUUUCUGAUGUUUGAUUUCUGCGCACUUCAGUAUUGCGAACUUUCCUUCUUUUUGUUAACUGUAAAACCAAAUGGUUUCCGCUACCUACCACACAUAUCUAGCGGUAAUAGAGACUUUCAUCGAGAUUUGGUUGUUUUGGUUUCAAUUGUGCAAUAGCAACCAAAUGGAAAUGAAUUAUGUUAGUACCUUCUACCGCAUAUCUUCCUAAUCUCGCUCGCUAGCAAAAAAAAAUGGUUAAUGAAACGAGCAUUCCAGGGACAAAAAAGAGAGAUAAUGGCAGUCAUAAGCGGUACGCGUGGUAGUGAUUGAGGUGCUCUCGUGUGUAGUAUAUGUCUACAACAAAAAAAGAAACAAAUUUAUUCAUUUAUUUUGCUAGAAAAUGUAACAGACCUCCCACAGAUUAGUUGAUUGCUGGUGUAAAUAUAAAAAGUAUAUAUAUACAAGCAUAUAUCUAUAUACAGAAAAACACAAACCCAGAGAAGCAAAAAAAAAACAAAAACAAAGAAAAGCGUUAGCACAAGCAUAUUCGGCAUACAUUAAAUGAGUAAUAAAUGAAUUGUGAUAUUUACAAAACGUGAUUGUUUUGCAGUUGGCGCAAAAUGCAUUGAUCAUCCAUCAUUAUCAUCCCGGUAAAACGCUUAUGCCGGUACCGGUCCCGGUCUCUCAAAUAUAUUUACUUGGUGUGUAUUGUAAUUAUAAUGGGUGGAAUGCACCUCCCAUCGCAACUAGCCGGAACAUUCUUCACAACGCGCGCUGUUGGUACUUAUACAUUGCGUGUAUCAUCGCAAAAGAAAAGAAAUACAUCCCCAUCUUACUCUUUCUUGUGUGUGUGUGUUGUGUGAAGAAGAAGGUAGAAAAGGUGUUAACGAAAUACGGAGGAGGAGAAAAAAACACGUAAAAAUGGACAAAAGCUAGUUGUUGCUGUUGUUGUUGUGUGACUAAAACACUAAGCGCGAAAUCUACCCAAAACCGGGUACCUUAAACGACAAACGUGAAAAAGGGAGAGAAAAAACCCUCUUUGUAGUUAAAUUAUUAAAUUGUAUCGUAUUAGGAACGUAUUUUAACGCGUGUAAUGGCAAAACCAAUUGUAUAAUGUACAAAAGAACGAGGAAUUGCUUAUCCUUUCCCCCCUUUUCAGUACUUAUAGGCAGUAGUAAAAGAAGAUUUGCUACGUAAAGACAGCAUUAUUGAGAUAAAUAUAAAAAACAAAUCUUAACGUGUUUGUACGCGCGUUUGUAGGUGGAAAGGACACGUUUUUGAAGAAGUAGAAUUCUACUCGUGUUCGUUCGUGCUGAUGUGCGCACCCAGAUAAAGAAACUUUACUGUGCAAAGCGAACCACUUGAGACAAAAUCGUUUUGUUUCAAACUAUUGUUCGUUCGUAUGAAAACUUGCUGAAGGAAAUUUGAAACGACAACGUAAGUUAAAUACACACACACACACGUGUGCACAUACAUGCCGCGAGACGGAGAAAAAAUAGGUUGCGAGCAAAGCACACGACGAAACAUUCUAUCGAACGAUACUGGUGAUAAUUUUUAAUUAUGUUUUAGUCGAUCGAAAUUCAAUUCUAACCGUUAAAUAAACUGUAUUCCAAGGUAAA